AGUUUAUCAAAAAAUCCUACAACGAGUUUGAAAAGCCGGAAUUUACAUUUUUUCUAAGUUCUGGAAAGCAUUUAUAAUUUAGACUUUCAUUUGCCUAAACUAGCAGAUAGAAAGCUCUAAUUAUGAAUGUUUUUCAGAGAUGUCCCAGCACGUCCGAGUUAGAGCCGCUCUAUAUCCCUCAACAACUAUACUUACGACCUUUGGCGAAGUUAACCAUUUCCCUGCAGCUUCCCAAUGUGAAGAAACUGGGAAAAAGCGUCUCUCAUUGGGAAAUUAUGGAUAGGCUGAAAGAAUUGAUUAAACCCGACGAAUUUACCGUGUUAAAAGUCACGAAAACGACGCUUGAAUUUGUUAGAUUCGAAGCAGAAGUUGAGAAGUAUUCGAAGUUAGAGAGAAUUGUAUCAAAGAUUCAUAACAAAAUGAUCAAGCUUAAAGAAUUUAGUGAAUUGAUGCGUGUACGUGCGGCAGAAUACCAGUCUGAAUUCCCCAAUCGCAGGAUGUGGGAUGCUUUUUUCUCAGAAGCUAAAGACAUGAACGAAAUGAAGCCCGGUGAAAGACCGGACACUAUUCAUAUUGCUAAUUUACCAUCUAAAUGGUUUGUCCCGUACCAUUUAAGCAAUGAGGAGGAUGUUACACCAUCAGAAAAAAUUUUCUAUAAGAUCUUUGAAAAAUUUGGUAACAUCCGAUACGUAGAUAUUCCAAUUUGUGAUCCUUAUCGUAAGAAAAUGAAAGAUCACAUAUCUGGCUUGAAGUACUCAACAUUUGAAAAAAUGGAUUGGUUUGAAGGCUAUGUCCAGUUUAAAGAUUAUAUGGGGUUUACUAAAGCAAUGGAUCAUUUUCGUGACAAAAAAUUGGUUCACAAAGAAGAAGAUGGCGAAAUGGAAGUUGAAAUAAAAGUUAAUUUUGAUAAAACUAAACAUUUAAGUGAUGCUUCUAUAAGGCGUAGGGAAAUAGUGAGAGAUCGAUUGGUUAAGAAAGCUAGAGAAAAAGAAGAGAAAGAGCUGAAAGAACUGGAGGAAAAGAGAAAACAAGAAGAGGCAGAAAGAAAAAAGGAAGAAAAUAUAAAGACGCAGAAGGAAUUACGGCGUAGAAUGAGAGAAGAAAAGCGCAAAGCGAAGUUAAUGAAGAAACUGGAGAUAAGCGGUUCGGAUGAAAUCAACCAAAAAAUUGCUAAAGAAGAAAGGAAAUUGAUUAAAGUUCAAAGAAAAUUGGAAGCUAUUAGACUGGUUGAGGAACUCUUUAGGAGAAUAAAGGAGAAGAAUUAUGGUGAUGUUCAAAAUUAUAAUGUUUUAGAAGGUGGAGGAGAAGAGCUAAAAAGACUGAAGAACCACAGUGAAUUAGACUUCCUUAGCCAAAAAGAAAAACUUCACCAUGCCGUUAAAGGCAGGGUAAUGCUUAAAAGCAUCCUAUCCGAUGGCGUCAAAACGAAAAAGUAUAUUGAAUCGUCCGAUUCUGACUUGUCAUUGGACGAAGAUCAUCGCGUACAGAAAGUGAAAAAUCAUCCGCUUCGUUCCAACGUACAUCCCGCCGAUUUGAUGUUCGAAGACGGGCCUUCUCAUAACAUGUACGGUUUUCCUUAUCAGCCUGUGUUUACGCCGUUUCCUGCUCCGUUGUUUCCCGAAAUUGACAUUUACUCCAUGUAUAGGGGCAGAGGGAGGGGUAUGGGUAGAGGAAAUAUGCAAAGAGGUGGUAGAGGAAGAGGUAGAGGAAGUUAUAACAACCGUGGACGUGGUAAUGGUGGUGGGGGAAAACGAUCUUACCCGCCAGAUGUUUAUGAAGAAUAUUCUACACAUUACAACCCCAAAAAACAACGCAGUUACAAUCGCCGUUCGCGUUCAUAUACUCCGCAUAGCUCUAGACGAAGUAGGUCAAACAGCAGAAGACGCUCAUAUUCUCGUUCUAGAAGUCGUAGUUAUUCUAGAAGAAGAUCGUCCAGGUCCAGAUCGAGAUCUAGAUCAAAAUCUAGGCGAUAUAAUAACAAGAGAUACGAUAGUAGGGAUAGGAGUAGGUCGAAAAGUAACAAGAGGAAAUCAAGGUCGAAAUCUCGGGACAGAAGCGUUGCGAAAUCUAGGUCUAAGUCUAGAAGUAAAAGUAGAUCGAAAAAACGUAAAUCUAAGAGCAAAUCUAGGGAUAAGUCGUCUAGGAAAGAUAAAAGAAGUAAAAGCAAAUCUAGGUCAAGAGAGAAGUCAGUGGAUUCAUCCAAGUUUAUGACCCCACGGCAGUUAUCUGAACAAAAAUCACAAAACACCAGAAGCCGCAGUAAAUCAUGGUCACUUCCAAAAGAAACCGACAAAAGUAAAAGAUCUUGGUCUAAAAGUCCUGAACAAGAUGCCAAGUAACUCCUUUUAAAAUUACAAAAUUGUUAAAAAAUUAAAAUACAUCAACAACUCAUAAUAUAUAGAUUCUAGGUUAUUUUUAAAAAAAAGUCUAAUCUACAA